UUUAAAAACGCGCAUGAGCGACGCCAACGCGGUUUAUUCUAUCGAUUUUUGAACGAUAAAUAAAACCUGUCCGCCUCGGAAAAGGGCACCACUUAUAUUGCGAUGAAAAGACAAAAUGUGAGAACCUUGUCGCUUGUGGUGACAACGUUUACGUAUUUAUUAGUCGGCGCUGCAGUGUUCGACGCGCUUGAGUCGAAAGAAGAGGAAAAACGCGAUGCUCUACUGAAAGUAUCGACAAACUCCUUAAAGCGAAAGUAUAACAUAACUGAGGAGGACUAUCGCGUGAUAGAGCUCAUGAUAAUCGAAUAUAAACCCCACAAAGCGGGCCCGCAAUGGAAAUUCGCAGGCUCGUUUUAUUUCGCCACCGUAGUGCUGGCCAUGAUAGGUUACGGGCAUUCCACCCCAGUGACAGCAGGUGGCAAAGCUUUCUGUAUGGGUUACGCGAUGAUAGGAAUUCCUUUGGGCCUAAUCAUGUUUCAAAGCAUCGGUGAACGGCUGAACAAAUUCGCCUCCAUAAUCAUUAAACGUAUUAAAAUGUACCUCAAGUGUCACAAAGUGGAGGCGACUGAAAUGAACCUUAUGUUUGCCACGGGAAUGCUGUCUACGAUUAUUAUCACAACGGGAGCCGCCGUGUUUUCUAGGUACGAAGGAUGGACCUACUUUGACAGUUUUUAUUAUUGUUUUGUCACGCUGACCACUAUAGGUUUUGGUGAUUACGUUGCCUUGCAGAACGAUAACGCAUUAAUAAAUAAACCGGGUUACGUCACUCUAAGCCUAGUCUUUAUCCUCUUUGGAUUGGCGGUAGUAGCGGCCAGCAUCAACUUGUUGGUCCUUAAAUUUAUGACCAUUGAUGCAGAAGAGAGUCGUAAAGACGAACACGAUCUUCAAUCUUCCUCCCAUCACGUGUUCGCACUAGAAGGAGAAAUGAUGGCCGUCAACGGCAAGCUCCUCGCCGGGCACACUUUUAACGAGGACGACAUCGACCAGAUGUCAGUCUGCUCGUGUAAUUGUUUGGGUCUUAAUCACGCGGACAACCAGAGACUUUUGCUCGACACUUGUUACCAUCCUUCAAAUGCGGUAACGAAUUCCACACUUUCCACAAAACGUGCGUCCGUGUGACGUAGUUUCGCUGACAGAGUGUUUUCCCAUAGAGAUUUUAUGUUGUUAGCUGUUGGGUCGUAUUAUACAUUUUUUGUCUGGUCUGCGGCGAAGGCUAGCGAAUAAAGGCCUAAUCAGUGAUUAAAAAUACACACCAAGGGUUUACAGUUUUUUUUUUAUCCCUGCGACUGAUUUCCCUAUGAUUAGAUUAAAUGCAAGUUCUAACCUGAGGUUGGACACAAAGACAGAAAAAGUGUCUUAAAAAGUUUCUUUUUCUACUCCCGUCUGAUUACACACCGAUCUACCAGUCAGGAAGGGCCACUUUACGACGUUAAUUUCGUUUCCGACGGAUCCGAGCCACUUCGGACAUUUCCGGGACUUUACCGCACGAGUUUAGGAGCAAUCGGAUGUUUUCGGAGAUAUUUUCCACGCCUUGAAUUUUAACGUUUAUCAAUUCUUACGGUCAUGUCAGUGAAUAUAUUCGUGUUGUUUUGCGAAAAAUAUAUUCAAAAACUAACGCUCGUAGAAAAAGUAUAAUAUGCAACAUUUUCGCUAAACCUUUUAAGUCACUCGUUUAUUGAACACUCGCUCCGCUCGUGUCAAAUAAACUCGUGAGUCCAAUGCCGUUUAACGCACUUCCGAUAUCGGAUAUUAUUAUUUUCAAAGGUUCUUAUUGAUUUUUUUCAUGUCAGCUUGUCUCGACUAUUCACAAGCCUGUCACGUUUUGAUGUUUUCUCUUACAUUUAAUUUAAAGCUAUUCUUGUGCCACCCUGCACGUUUUCGACCGAUUUUUUAUAAUACGUAUAUUAAUUAAUAACUGUCAAAUUUAAAGCAGCCAGCCUACAGAUCUAAAUUU